UUCGUGACAUUAUUUAGGGGGAUGAUCAUUACCUCAAUGGCCGAGCCGGGAGCCAAGUGGAAAGGCGGUCGUCACGAAGGAGUGACAUUAUUGAAUAUCCCGUGUGUUUUGGCCCGAGGCUCUGCCUGGUCCCCACGGUGCUUCCCCAGCCGCCCGUCCCGCGGCUCUGCCCGCGGUGGCCAAGCCCAAGCUCCGGGUCCCAUCGCUUAUUCCUGAGAAACUCCCGGCAGCUGCAGACACGCUAAUGUGGAUAAAGAGAAGAUGGGAAACGUCCAAUAAACUUCGUAACUGCCGCUGUUUUCCCACCCAGAGGGAUCCAGUAAAAACAGAAAACUCGCCUUUUACUCCAAAAUGCAAGAAGCCCCGGAGAGCGGCAGCAGCGCCAGCAGCUCCUUCUCCAGCCACCCUGCGGCCAGCAUCAAAGAGGAGGACUGCAGCCCCGAGAAGGAGCGACCCCCGGAGGCCGAGUACAUCAACUCCCGCUGCGUCCUCUUCACCUACUUCCAGGGGGACAUCAGCGCCGUGGUGGACGAGCACUUCAGCCGGGCGCUCAGCCAGCCCAGCAGCUUCUCGCUCGGCAGCGCAAAGGCAGCGCGGAACGCCGGCUCCUGGCGGGAUGGCUCCUUCCCAAUGAGCCAGCGCAUCUUCCCGCCAUCCUUCUGGAACAGCACGUACCAGCCCUCCUCGGUCCCGGCCACCCUGAGCAGCCCCCUGGCUGCUGCCACUCACAGCGAGCUGCCCUUCACUGCCGCUGCAGACCCCUACGCACCCGCCUCCCUGCAUGGCCACCUGCACCAGGGUGGCCCGGAGCCCUGGCACCACGCUCACCAUCACCACCACCACCAGCACCAUCAUCACCCCUACAUCGGCACACAGAGCACCGCCUACCCCCGCCCUGCCACCAUGCACGAGGUCUACGGCCCCCACUUCGACCCCCGUUACGGCUCACUCCUGGUGCCCACCGCCUCUGUCCGUCCCCACCGCCUCACCCCCGGCUCCGUGCCCACACCGGUCAGCCCCCCCUGUGAACUGGGCAAGAGCGAGGCGGGAGCUGCCGCGGCCUGGACAACCCCAGGACCCUUCCCCAAUGCAGCGGGGGAAAUGGCACAGAGCCUCAGCCUCAAUGUAGACACAGGUUUGCAGCCUCAGGAUAAAAGCAAGGAUCUAUACUGGUUUUAGAGCUGUCCUUCACUCUUCUUCCCCUGGCUCUCCCCUGUAGAUCUCUGCCUGUAUAGACAUGGUGGCAUUCACAGCUGAAAUCGGGUCAGUUUGUAACAGCUUCUGAUCUUGGUUUGCAGCUCGCCGUUACUCCUUCUGUGGUGGAUCUCUUCUGAGCUGAUGUGCUGACACAAAGACUCUCACAUCCCCUUUGCCCUUUUCCAAGCCCACCGUGGCCCCGCAGCCCUUGGAAAGACAACAGGACUUAAAAGGACCUGGCAUUGCAACGAUGGCACUUUGGACUUGUUUCAGAGAGGAAAAUCCUUCUCUUGCAAGAAGAGAGCCAAAGACGUUGAACUUCUAUUUAAGCAGACCCCAACCCAGAACUGCAGUUAGACUUCUCUAAAAGAGUCAAAUGAUGUCAUGGAUGGUGAUGCAAAACCACUGGCCUUCGUACAGGGGGCAGAGGAAAUCAUGGGGGUUUUUUUUAGUGGUGUGAAUAUUUUUUUAUGACGGUGAAAAUGAUUUCUCGAACGCAGACAUGGAAAAGCCACUCAGCAGUUUUGAACUGGGUUUUUAUUUCCCAUCAUAGAAAAGUGAAAUGAGGAGAAACUGGAACUCACAAACAUUUUCGGACUAUCAAGGAACUGGUCAGAUUUUUCAGCUUUGCGGCUGUGAGUGGCAAGCGUCUGGCUGGGGCCACCUGCCCUGGGCUUGCAAUGAUGCAGCUGUUCCACACACAGCUGCUCAAACCCCAGAAAGACGAAAAGCAAGGUGGCACUUCUCAGAGUUCGGCACAACACUUGUGCUGGAUAUAUCACAGUUGUUUGGUUGUGGGCUUUUUUGUUUUGUUUUUUUGGUGCUCUUCUUUUCUUCAAGAAACAUUUUCUGGUGAAAGUAAAGCCCUCUUUAAGCGGGGGAGGGAAGGAAACCUGUGAAGAACAGCUCUCCCUCAACCCAACAGCCUUUUAGGGCAACACCAGAAGGAAAGGCACAUGAUGGACAAUAGGUCUGAGUUGCCUCUAAUAUUUCUCUUUGUCUAUUUGUUGUUGUCAUUUUGUCACUUUAAUAGUUGUUUUGUUUUUUUGAAAAGGGGAAUGAGAUAUCUAUUUAACAGUAGGAAAGCUGCAUUAAAGGUAUCUCCUUCUUUCACCCUGUGUGCUUUUAUGAAGAAUUAAAGCUAAAUAAGAGGAAUUAAGUAAAGUGGAAACAUCAGAACAAAAUAGGAAAACUACCUGCCUUGUGAAUGGAGUGAGUUAUUUUACUACUUUGCAUUAAAGAUAGCUAGAAAUACUAGCAGUUGAAAAUAUUUUUCUUAGUGAGUAAAAAAUACAGCAAUAAGUACAAAAGAUAAGAAAUCACAGGAUUGUUUUGGUACUACAUUUUAG